GCGGCGCGAGACUGAGCGAGCGAGCGAGCCGAGCAAGUGAGCGAAGAAACGAGUCGUUCCGCGAGGCGCAGCGGACGCGCACGGCAUAUACUCGACGUCCGUGGACACGGCGAGGUGCGCCGUGCGCCGUCUCGGUAUUGCGAGUGUCGCUCUAAUCUCCCGUCGUUGUCGUCGUCGUCGUCGUCGUCAUCGUCAUCGUCAUCGUCAUCGCCCUCGCCUGCCUGGCUCUAAGAAUGCCGUUCAUAUCCAAGGACUGGCGCAGUCCGGGCGAGGAAUGGGUGAAGACGGUCGAGGGCUGGGAGAAGAAGAAGAUCCUCGAAUGCGCCAACAACAAAACUCUUUCGAUUCUCCUACGCGGCGAAAAAGAUGUCGGCGAUAAGAAGGAGAAAGACAAGAAGAAAGAAAACGCCGUCCAACCACAUUGUCACAUCACGCUGAAGUGUACACGCGAGAUUGCCGGCUUCAAUGGCCUGAGUGACGCCCUGAAGAGGCUGGAUUUCCUGUCUGCGGUACAUGACUGCCGUCGAUUCAAUUACAUAGUUCGUCUUCUAGAUCUCCUGGUCAGCCACAGAAUGGGCGGUUUAAGCGGAUGCGCUCAGAGAGUGCUCUUCAACAUGCUCGAGGAAGUCGCUCUGGAAGUGUCGCUAUCGCAACAGCAGACGGGAAGAUUGCGUCGUCUUAUAGAGAGAGUUCGGGCCUUCAGUGCUGGUUGCUGCUGGGGCGGUAGACCCUUGGGUUCCGUUAUCCUAUGGGAGAAGCAUAAAGCAGCUUUAGAGAGAAUCUUACAAAUUGCUUCGUCUAUCACCAUUACCCAGCCGGACGAGGAGCAGCAACCUCAAUGGUCGGAUCUACCGCCUGAGUGUCGUCGAGAAAUACUCUUGCGCUUAAGCGAUCCUCGAGACAUUGAAGCUUCGUCCGAGGCAUGCGAACAUCUUGCCGUUCUAGCGCAGGAACAACGAAUCUGGCGCGAGCUCGCCCAGUAUCAUUUCACGCCGCAGCAGAUUGCUAUCACGAGACAAAAUAAUCCCGGAAAAGACUGGAAAGUUAUAUUCACUAUUGCUCGAAGAUCAUUUGGAUUACGAGAGGAAUACGCCGAGAUGAUACAAUUAUGCCGCAAUUGUCGUUGCUUGUUCUGGCGAUCGUUGGGCCAUCCUUGCAUCGCGGAUCAGGAUCCGGCGUUUCAGGAGAAACUGGCGGACGUCGACCAGGCGUCCCUCCACGUGCCGAUCCCUCCGCAGACCUUCCUGAAAUUCUUCUCGCUGUGAAAACUCUCGCGACACGACUAUGUAAUAGCGUGUAAGAAUGCGUGGUGUGCGUGCGGAAAAAACGGAAGCGGUGACGUGACUGCUGAAUGAUUGCUGUUCGUUGAAUGCACGCGCGUAUACAUGAGAGAAAAUAAUAGAAUGAUGUUUUAAAAAAUGUUGCUCUGCACUUAGAGAGACUCUAAAACGUUAUCUUCUGAAAAAUAUAUUUAACUCGAGAUAUAUUCUCUCUUUCUCUUUCUCUCUUCUGUCUCUCAACAUACCGCAUGAACCUGAAAGAUAGAGAGCAGUACUAGGAAUAGUCCUUUGAGAAAUUCGACGCCGAUCUUAAUGACUAUUUGGAGGCCUAUUUAUUUAACGCGAAUGAGCUUGAACAUUUCAGAGACUCAAAAGCCGCCCAGAAUCAGGAAAACACAGACACGUGUGCCUGCACAAACGCCACUCGAUACGCGGAUCAAUAUCUUUUGAAACUCUAACUUUAACUAGUCUAUAAUUAACAAGUCGCUCAAGUUUCGUCAAGGGGAGGUCAAUUCCGAACUCUCUCUCUCUCUUUCUCUCUGGCUCAUUCUGUAUUUUGAUCGAGUACGAUUGAUAUUUUCUGGUCAUUGGAAUCUUCAGUGUAACACGAGAUUCCUGAUCUGCUUUCCUUUGCUUCAAGAUUCCUAUGGAUACGUUCUAAGAACGAUAAGGGAGGAUAUUUUUCAUUAUCCUUCGAAGUUAUGGUUGUAGAAAGUAGGCACUAGUCGUGUAAUGAUGUUGUUUGCGAUGAAAAAAAAAGUUAUCGCACGUCCGUUCAAAAAGAUCGCGCAAGGAUGUGUUAUCGACUCACACCGGCAUGCUUUCGGUGCACUCGAAGCCGACGAAUGACUACGUGUGAUUUUGCAGUAGCGCGCCUCGAGAGACGUCUUUGCUGAUAAUAGCGUUAUCCUUUAGCAUCAGUCUUUGUAAGUUCUUCGCCGAUUUAUUAACACUUGUUGUGCUAACGAGAUAUCUCGAAGUAGAUUUGAUCUUCAAUAGCAAGACUUACUUCUUUGUCUUAACAUGCGUUAUCUGAAACGAACCCGAUUUUAAUGAAAAAAAGCUAAAGGGAAUUUCUUGUGAUUGCAUGCGAAUGCGCUGUAAACAUUAAGAUAUUUUUUUUAUAUAUUAACGAAGACAAUCGGCUUUAUUCUCGAAGAAUACUCUCUUCUUCUGUCAUUGCAGAAUCAUUUCGAUAUUAAAAAUACAAAUAUAUAUUAAAAAUACAUGAAAAAUAGACAAAAAAGACCGUUAUAAUAUAAGAAUAAAAUAUGACUUUAAAACGCGACAUAUACGCCGGUGCAAUGAAGAGAAAUGCGAUUAUUUUUUUAGACAGAUUAAAAUAUUUUAGGUGCUCUAUUGCAUUUCGAAAUUGCAUUUAAGCAUUGCAUUAAUUAAUUAAAUUAAUAUUUGCGCUACUUUUAUUGUCUCCAACGACCAGCGAGCAUCCAGUGAUAAGCGUGUCGAUUUUAAGUAAUUUUAUCGUAAUGUAAGAUAUUGUUUUUUGUGCAAUUUCUGUCCUCUUUCUCUUCGUUUCUUUUUUAUUUUGUAGCGAUAUAACGAAUUGUAACAUACAUUUCCAAGCUGUCUCUGACUACAGAAACGACGAUUGUUAUCGUGAGUUUCGGAAGGACAGUUCGACGAUCGUCCCAGUGUUGUGAUGAACAUGUACAUUAGCUAACUUACAAAGUACAAAACAUAUAAAUCAUCAUUAUUGCCGAUCGAGAACAGACGCGUACAGGGAUCUCGAGAUUCCCUCUUGUCGUCAUCUAUACAGGGUGUUGUAGUUAAAGCAAUACACAGAGGAUAACAUAUAUACAUUCGAAUUUUCAUGUUCAGUAUGUUUGUUUCUUCGAAACUAGGUCCUACAUUCGCACUACUUAUCGCGGUGCGCGCGUUCGUAUUCAAGCUAUAAGCCGUCGGAAUUUUAAAUAAGAAAGACCUAAGUUACGAUAUGUAAUAUGUGACAAGAAAAAAAAAGAGUAAAUUACACUGCUGUAUUAUAUAUUUAUAUACAUAAAAUCGGAGAAUGAAAAAUCAUACUGCCAAAGCUGGAUGCUAUUGCAUUUACAUGAGACGAGCCGCGAAAUGUUAGACUUUGUGUAAAAUUUCUCCGCAUAGCGACUGGGACAAUUUUUUUGAUAUUCGCCGUUUUAUCCGUAACUUUGUGAGAAUCACUGCACGACUUAAAAAUGCAUUACUAACCUAGUCAGUAUAAAAGAGUGGCGACCAAAAUCGCGAUUGAAUCGCGAUCCUAACGUGGCUACGAGCUCCCGAGAAAGAUCCUGAGAAUUCCGGCAGCUCUCAAUUGUGUACAUUAAUAAUCCAACGAAUUGGUCCCUAAGGUGUGUACAUAUAUUAUAUGACUAUUAUAAAAGCGAUCGGGAUUAUUUUACUUACAUAAGCAGAUGUGUAGAGCAGUGUUGUGCAAAAUGCUUCAAAAAAUAAACUUUAUUUAAAUAUA